AAUCCAUUGGAUCCACCCAUUAUGUCAUAUGAUUACUACGAAAACAAUAAUACCGAUUUAGAAGACAAUGUAUUUGCACUUAAAUAUGCAGUGAAGUUAGUAGAAGAAACACAGGCAUUUAAAGAUGUCUCAGCYAAACUAAGUCCAAAACCGUAYCCAAAWUGURRMCAUYUASUAUUUARAUCWGAUGAUUAUUGGGYKUGUKURUCAAAACACYWRACAWAUACCUAUCAUCAUCAGUGUAAUACAUGCAGGAUGGGAKAUGUUGUCAAYAACAAGUUACAAGUAAUCGGAAUUGAAGGGUUAAGAGUUGUGGACUCAUCAAUAUUUCCACAUAUACCCCAUGCACAUCUUUAUGCCCCGACUUUGAUGGUUGGUGAAAAGGGAGCAGAUAUGAUUCGAAGUUAUUGGUCAAAGUAAUUUAUUACUUAUAUCGUUUUUGAAUUAUCAUAUUUAUUACGAUGUUAAUUUUUAUAAUUGUGUAUAAGUUUCCUAAAAGAAUUAACUUUAACUUUAUAAAAGUUGUAUAUUUUCUA